AGCGUUCUUAUUCCAGCGGGAUAACCUUAAAUAUAUUUUUCUACCUUACUUUUAAAGCAUGUUUUUCUUCUUAUUUGCAGUUACUGUGACCCCAAUUUUCAUUUGGACCACUUGAAAUAGAGAAUAUACUACUACUAACAUGUUCCAAGAAUAUGCCAUGAUUUUUGGAAGGCGCAUGUUAUUUUUUACCAACCGAAUAAUUUUUCAUCAGCCGUCAUCUUCCAAAUGGAGACAAAUUAGCAGUAGAGGGCGCCGUUACUCACAUGUCGGACAAAAACAACUGACGCUCGCGCUAUCAAGCAAGUCACAACUCAACAGAUUUCUGAGGCUGAAAAUCCACGAGUUUGAAAACAAGAAAAACCCUCAGAUUUUCUCAUCUAGUCGACUUCAUUGGAGUGAUUGUUUUGGAAAACAGGAUCGAUCUAAAACCAGCACGAUGCCGAAAAGAAAGAGCGACACUAAAUCUGAGAGUGAAGCAUCUCCAAAGAAAGCAAAGGAAGAAACCACCAAAGAAAAGCCAGCAAAGAAACCAAAGACUGACAAGAAUGAUGCCAAUGAAGCUGCAAUUGCUGCCUUGGAUGUUCCUGAAACUUACACAACAGACAAAAAAUCAGCAGAGGGAAAUGAGGCCAACCUGAAGAUAGCAUCUUGGAACGUUGCUGGCUUAAAAGCUUGGCUGAAGAAAGAUGGCAUUUCAUACAUCAAGAAAGAGGAUCCAGACAUCUUUUUCAUCAUGGAAACCAAGAUUGCCACAGAAUCUGUUCCAUCAGAUGCCAAAGUAGAAGGAUACCAUACCUACUGGUACGGUGCUACAGCUAAGAAGGGGUAUUCAGGAACAGGAUUGUACAGCAAGAAAAAACCUGUCAAUGUCAAGUAUGGGAUAGGUGUAGAGAAACACGACGAGGAAGGCAGAGUAAUCACUGCAGAGUAUGAUGAUUUCUAUUUUGUUGGAAGUUAUGUGCCAAACUCUGGACGUGGACUUACAAGGUUGGACUAUAGACAGGAAUGGGACAAAGACUUCAACGAUUACUUGGCUAAGUUGGAUGAGACUAAACCUGUUAUCUACUGCGGUGAUCUCAAUGUGGCACAUGAAGAAAUAGAUCUGAAAAAUCCGAAAACUAAUCGCAACAAGACGCCAGGAUUUGCUGAUGAAGAGAGGGAGGGAUUUACUGCUCUACUGAGCAAGGGCUUUGUGGAUAGUUUCAGGCAGCUUUAUCCUGAUAAAGAAUACGCCUACUCAUUCUGGACAUACAUGGGGAAUUGCCGAGCUAAGAAUGUAGGAUGGCGGCUGGACUACUUUGUGAUCUCCAAGAGACUGGUACCCAAGCUGUGCGACACUGGUAUGCGGACAUGGAUAAUGGGUAGUGAUCACUGCCCCGUUGCACUUCACAUGGCCAUGUGAUUCAGAGACGAUAAUGAGCAGUGAAAUGUCAACUCCUGUACAUGAUUCCAUCACUGGUGUACAACACAAAUUGUUGUCAAAAUAUACGAUUUCAGUUACUAGCAGGAAGCGAUAUUGAGCAACUGUAUAGUGAGGUUUUUUCCCACUUCAGAGUCAGAGACUGUCUUUUUAAACAUAUUGUAGCAUAAAACUUCAUUCGUUUUUCUAAUUGUUUGUCCUAUGUGGUUGUUAGACUGGUAGUGUAGGUGGUAGUACCUGGCGGGAUUAGAAUCCCAACUGAAAAUAUUGAGUCAAUCAUGUCAUUGUUUGUUUUCCCAGACAUUUGAAAGUCACUCGUACAAGUUUUGUGUUUAGCUUCAGUUUAAUAACGGAACUUUUGUGUCUCUAACUAAAAAAAAAAGUAACAUUGAUUGAAAAUCCACUGUUGCAUUAUGUGUUUGAGUUAAACAUGUAUUAUGUUUUAUCUUUGUGAAGAACGAAUUUAGUAAAAUAAUGCUUUUAUAAAAAGUAA